AUUUUAGUAGUUUUAUCUGGCAACACUGUUGUCAAAUGACAAUAUUUUUGACAUAUUAUACGAAACGAAAAUUAGGUUACAUUUCAAGAAAUUAUAUAAUUCCGCAGUAAAUAAACAAUAUAUAUUGUUUUUUGUACAAUAUAAAAUAAUCCGCCAAAAUGCUAAAGUUUGGGGUGAAAUCUGCGAUUCUAGGAUCCGCAGUAUAUUACACAAUAGAUAAAGGCGUAUGGAAAGAUAGUGCCACAACAACUGCGAUAUACGAAGACCUCGAGAAAGGCAUGUCACCCUAUGUUGGAGAACUAAAAAAGCAAAUCCCUUAUGAGCUUCCUCCACUUCCCUCUAAUGAUAGAAUAUCAUACCUAUUCAAAUAUUACUGGAAUUGUGGAGUGAAAACUACAUUCAAGUUUUUGGUGGAUUUACCAACACACACUAGCAAUGCAGCAAGCAAGACAUAUGAAUUCAUAUCUUCAUCGCUGGAAGCACCACAGCCCAAUGCAAAUGCUAGCCAAGAAAAAUGAACAGAAUACCUUAGGACAUAGAUGUAUUUAUUGAAUGUGAUUUUAUUUUUGUUUAUGGACAUAAUAAAAAAAUCUUUUCUGUUAUUGUAA